ACUAAAAUUAGUUAAUUGGUUUCCAUCCCCUACACUAGGGAAUAAAUCUUUAUACUAGAAGGCGUGUGCACAUUAUUAAUCAGAUUCAAAGCUUGGGAUAGAUAUCUCUAACAGGUUCCUUCAACGCCCUCUACUGCACGUGUCGUGCGUGCUCUGUGACCUUUCCCCACCUGUUGUGGAAUCUGGUGUGGCCUGUGGCCUUGUUCCUGCUGAGAUGCUUCAAAGCCUUAAUAAGAAUGUCUGGGUUCCCAUGAAACCCUACUAUAGCCAGGUUUACCAGAAAAUUUGGAUAGGAAUGGGGUUAACGACUUUCAUCUUUUAUAAAAUCAGGAGAGCUGAUAAAAGAAAUAAAGCAUUGAGAGGCUCCAGUUCUGCACUUGCCCAUCAUUAGCUGCUCCCUGAGUGGACUCAAGAUCAAUCACGUAGACUAAGAUUAAGCAAGCGCUGUUAGAUAGAAACACGGAACAUCACUAUACACUUGUCUAAGUACCGUUCACAAUGUGGCAUUAAUAAAUCUUUGUGAGAAGCAU